UUGGUUUUGUCCAGUUUUGUCAUUUUAAUAUUUAUCGAAAUAUACAGAAACAAAGCCCUUAAUUAAAAUUAAAUGAAGAUUAUGGUGUAAAAGUCUACGAUGUCUGACAUUUGCCGACUCUGUUUAUCGUUUUCUACAGAUAAUAUGCGGCUUUUAACCGACUGUGAUGGCAUUGUGUAUAACAGCAUAAGUUUUAAGAUCCAUAUUCCCCUAAACAAUAUAUUUCCAACUCAUAUAUGCGCCGCAUGUGUUAAUAAGCUGACUGACUUCAAUAAUUUUUGCUUGCAAGUACAAAAAAACGAGAAAAAUCUGCACAAAGAACUGAACAAAGGAAAAGAUGCUUUAGAAAAGUUUUAUGAACAAAUAAAAAAUCUAAUUAAACAAGAAAACACACUGAUACAUGAAGAUAAAGAAGCCAUUGACAGCAUAAAAGAAAAUGAAGUUAACUCAAUACAAAUUAAGACUGAAGAAGUUGAAUUUAAUUCAGAUUGUGAUGUUAAUUUUGAUUCAGAAGAUGAUAUACCACUUUUGAAAACAAGAGAUAGCAAUAUUGAAGAUGCUCUGAGUACAAAUGUUACUAAAACUGAAAUAGAAAUAGAAAUUUCUGAGAAAAAUGUUUCCGCACAAAUAUUUAGCUUCAAAUGUCUGACAUGUUUUGAAACAUUUAUUAGUCAAAAUAAAUUAUUAAAUCAUUACAACAGUGUGCAUAAAGUCAAAGCAGAAAUAAAAGGAAAUCAGUAUACACAAGUUGAUAAUGAUGAAAAAAUAUUGUACAAAUGUAUUAAAUGUGAUAAAACCUAUGAUAAUGUACGAUCGGUAAAUAAACAUGCAAAAACACAUUGUGAUGAAAAUUUCCAUUGUAAAAUUUGUGGAAGGACCUAUAAAACUGUAUCAGAGAUCAUAAGGCAUGGUAGAGCACACAAUGGCAUGAAAAUGUCUUGUUCGUUGGGAUGUGGCUUCGCUACAGUGUACUCUGGAGCCUUGAAGAGUCAUGAGCGAAGGCACAAGGAGGAAUUUAAAUACAAAUGUGAGACCUGUGGAAAGAGCUUCCAAGUGAAAACCUGGUAUGAACAGCAUCAGAACAUACACACCGGGGCUAAACCAUACAUCUGCGAUAUCUGCAACAUGGCGUUUCAUAUGGACAGGUACCUGAAGGCGCAUUGCAGUGCCGUACAUCCUGAAUCGUCCUCAAAGAAACGCUACGUGUGUGUACACUGCACCGAGCCUUGCGGGACUAUGAAGGCACUUACGAGGCAUUUGAAGAAGCAUGGAAUAACCUCCAGUGUACUGUGCGACCUGUGUGGUAAAACACUAUCCAGCUCUGAGCAACUCGCGAUCCACAGGAGGCUACAUACAGGCGUUAAACCAUAUUCCUGCAGCAUAUGCCACAAAGCAUUUGCAAAGCGCUCCAACCUGAAGCUACACCACAUCACCCACAGCGGGGAGCGCGCGCACGCUUGCACAGCGUGCGGCAAGCGCUACAGCCAGCGCAGCACGCUGCACAGACACGUGCACAGACACCAUUCAUCUGAAACGAAAUGCCUAAAAUGUGAUGCCACAUUCACCACCUACACAGAACUUAAAACUCACCAAAAAAGUUGUUCUUGAUGUUUUGUACAAUGGAGUUAUAAAUAUUUUUUUGUA